AUGCUGGCUUCCGCCGCAAAUCUUCAGUUCACAGAUACAAGUGACACAUCACCCAGUCAAGCAUAUUCUAGUCCUAAGACUUCACCCACAGCGGAUAGCAGCGCGCUACCGCCGGUAGACCUGGAUCAGCUCUAUGAUUUCCGUAUCGAUGAGUUCAACCCAGUUUCGAGUACGCCUUUAGUAAGCCCGCAUAGCGUGCUACCGCCGGUAGACCUGGACCAGCUCUAUGAUUUCCGUAUCGAUGAGUUCAACCCAGUUUCGAGCAUGCCUUUAGCGGGCCCGCAUAGCGUGCUACCGCCGGUAGACCUGGACCAGCUCUAUGAUUUCCAUAUCGAUGAGUUCAACCCAGUUUCGAGCAUGCCUUUAGCGGGCCCGCAUAGCGUGCUACCGCCGGUAGACCUGGACCAGCUCUAUGAUUUCCGUAUCGAUGAGUUCAACCCAGUUUCGAGCAUGCCUUUAGCGGGCCCGCAUAGCGUGCUACCGCCGGUAGACCUAGACCAGCUCUAUGAUUUCCGUGUCGAUGAGUUCAACCCAGUUUCGAGCAUGCCUUUAGCGGGCCCGCAUAGCGUACUACCGCCGGUAGACCUAGACCAGCUCUAUGAUUUCCGUAUCGAUGAGUUCAACCCGGCCACAAAGAUACCCCAGCAACCUCCAAGCCGUCUUUUAGCAGGACAGCCGCCCCAUCCAUUCGCUUAG